AUGUCCAACGGCACCGGCGACCUGGUCCAAACAACCCUCGAGUCCUGGCCCGACAACUCCUGGUGCGGCGCCAAGAAGGGCCAGUGGUGCGUCCGCGCCUCGCUCUUCGGCUCCUUCGGCCAGCUCAGCGGCGACGCGAGUGCCGUCUCAGGCAACCAGAAGGUCAAGAUCCUCUACGAGCUGCUCUCGGACAACAACACUUGGCGCCAAAACGUCACCGAUGCUGACACGGGCGCGAAGCUUAGCUCGUACGAGUACAAGUCUGGUCCCUUCAUGAGGGGCUAUGGCACCGGCACCGAGUGCAAUGCCAACUGCAGCCCGACCGUCGCCAAGCAGCAGUACAUCAACACGGAAAUAACUCUGGCCGGAGCCGACCCCAAUUUUGGCAAGACCAUUGCCACUGCGCAGAAGGCUACGUAUACUGGCCUGGCCAGCAGCCAAGGAGGCAAGGUCUGGACCAUCAAGGAGAUUAAUGUCCCGGCAAUGGUCUAG